CGCUGACGCCACUGUCACGUUUCGCAUUUAAUUAAAUCCCCUACCGUCGCCACAAAAAUCCAAAGCCUUCUCCGUCUUCUCCUUCCCCUCGAAUGGCGGAGCUCCGCGAACGGCUACUCCCUCGGAAGCCCUCUUCCACCUCCGGAUCUCACGAGCCCACCCACGGCCGCCGCCCUCUCUUCCAGGGCGUCGAUUUCUCCGGCCUCAAGAAGCGCGGACAGAGCCUCCGCUCCUGGAUCCGCGUCGACGCCGCCACCGGUAACUCCCAGGUCAUCGAGGUCGACAAGUUCACCAUGAUGCGCCGCUGCGACCUCCCCGCCCGCGACCUCCGCCUCCUCGACCCCCUCUUCGUCUACCCGUCAACAAUCCUCGGCCGCGAGAAAGCCAUCGUGGUAAACCUUGAACAGAUCCGAUGCAUCAUCACCGCUGACGAGGUGCUCCUACUCAAUUCCCUAGACAGUUAUGUCCUCCAGUACGUGGUCGAACUCCAGCGCCGUCUCGCAGCCAGCAAUGGCGAAGCACUCUCCGGCGGGACGCCUUCGCCUGAUGAUCUGCCCUUCGAGUUCAGGGCCCUCGAGGUCGCCCUCGACGCCGCCUGCACCUUUCUUGAUGCGCAGGCUGCAGAAUUAGAAAUUGAGGCCUAUCCAUUGUUGGAUGAGUUGACAUCUCAGAUUAGUACCCUAAACCUGGAACGGGUUCGUCGCUUGAAGAGCAGGCUUGUUGCCUUAACUCGGAGAGUUCAAAAGGUCAGAGAUGAAAUAGAACAGUUGAUGGAUGAUGAUGGUGAUAUGGCCGAAAUGUAUCUCACAGAGAAGAAAAUACAUAUGGAAACAUCAUAUUUUGGUGAUCAAUCAAUACAUGGGUUCAAUUCAGCUGGUGGUGCUGUAUCUGCUUCUGCUCCAGUUUCACCUGUUUCUUCACCACCUGGAUCUCGAAAGCUUGAGAAGACAUUAAGUCUUGCAAGGAGCAGACUUGACAGUAUGAAAAGUUCCAGCACCAUCACAGAGAACAUAGAGGAGUUGGAAAUGUUAUUGGAAGCUUAUUUUGUGGUCAUUGAUAGCACCCUGAACAAACUGACUUCGUUAAAAGAGUAUAUUGAUGACACUGAGGAUUUCAUUAACAUUCAGCUGGACAAUGUGCGGAAUCAGCUGAUCCAGUUUGAGCUUGUACUAACUACUGCCACAUUCAUUGUCGCCAUUUUUGGUGUUGUUGCUGGGAUAUUCGGUAUGAACUUCGAGAUCGCUUUAUUUGACGUACCAUCUGCAUUCCAGUGGACCCUUGUGAUCACUGGCGUGAGCGGCGUGAUUGUUUUCUGUUUGUUCCUUUGGUAUUUCAAGUACAGAAGACUAAUGCCCUUGUAAUUAGCCGUUUGAAGAGACGAGAGGCUCUUCUACCAAAUAUUGUGCUUUAGCUGCGCCCAUGCGCAUCCUUCAACCCCCCCAACCCCCCCUCUCUCCCCCCCCUAAUUAUUUUGUUACGUGUAUAUUAAAUUCUAGCAUCAUGCUGGAAACAAAAGGCUUUUGAAUAAAUUAUAGAUUUGGCAAUGGAGAAUAUUGAUAUUCAGCUUUGCUUUA